AUGUUCCCCACGGUGGAGGAGGAUUUGCCUCCUCCCACCACCUUCUAUGACAUCCUUGGGCUUCCACACCCGCCCGUUACUCUCCAUCAACCGGCGUUGAAAAUGGCGUAUCGCCGCGCGUUGCUAAAAUAUCAUCCAGACAAGUCAGGGUCUUCAGUUCCUCCGAAGAUAUCAAUACCAGAAAGCUUUAUACCCACUAAAAACUCAACCGCCACCUCUCAACCUCCCCCUCUGUUCUCGGUGGACCAGAUCACCACAGCGUACAAGAUCCUAUCGGACCCUCUUGCAAAAGCCGAAUAUGAUCGCUCACUGCGCGUUGUAUCCAGCGGCGUUGGUAAGGGUGGAAAUCAGUCUUUCCGCACGGGGCUGGAGGUCUUUGAUUUAGACGACAUGCAAGUCGGCGUGGAGGCUGGAGGCGCUGAGUUCUGGUAUCGCGGCUGCAGAUGUGGGGAUGAGAAAGGAUUUUUGGUGCGUGAAGAGGAUCUGGAGAGUGAGAUGGAGAGAGGAGAAAUAUUGGCCGGUUGUCGAGGGUGUAGCCUGUGGGCUAAGAUAUUGUUUGCAGUAGAUGAGGGUGAAGAGGAAGAAGAUUGCCCCGCGGAGGAUGCUUGCAGACCGGAGGUGGAUGUUAAUUCGUGA